AUGAGCACUAUCAUCGUCGAUUUAGAAAAGCCUAAGUUAUCUGAAUUAAUAGCAACAUUAGAAUCUGCACCUAAGUUAGAGAAAUUGCCCAACGAAAUUCAAAGUAAUAGUGUUUAUAGAUUAAGUUAUAAUACAAAUACGAAAGGAGACAAAAACAAUGCUGUGUUACGUCCACAUGGUAACAUAAAAAGUCCUGAAAUUACUAGUACAUUUCGUCGAACUCUUCCUUCAACUUUAUUAAGAAUAAAAGAAGCUGUACAAAAUGACACGGGGACAAAAGUUUAUAAAUCAAUGGUCUCUUUAUCAGAAUCAGGGGACAACUUACCAAGAAAUGUGGAUCAACUGAAUUGUCAUCGGAAGCAAUUUCUGAAAAAACAACGUCCAACAAACGAUGAAAUAUUCAACACAAUUCUUCUCUCUUAUGAAAUCACUGAUUACAUACGAAUUUGUGCAUUUCCAAAUGUUACAAUUGUUCUUAUUCAUCAAGAUGCAGAAAAUUCAUUUCAAUUUCUAUUAGAUACAGCAACGGAUUAUAUUCCAUUAUAUUACGAUACAACAUUUAAGAUAGGGCAAUUUUAUUUAUCUAUUCUCUCGUAUGUACACACUGCAUUUGAAGAAAAGCCUGUUAUUCCACUUGCCAUGCUCAUUCAUGAGUACAAAGAUUAUGAAGCUCACAUUCAAUUGACUGAGACAUUGAAAAAAUUAACCAAAGUUUCCAGCAAAUGUGUAAUGUGUGAUCAUGAACUCGCCUUCAAAAAUGCAUUUUCUCACACUUUCAAGAAACUGCAACACGUUCGAUGUCAUAAUCAUUACAUCGAGGACGUGAAAAAAUGGUUGAAAGCUGACUUCAAAAAGAUUUAUGAUCCAGAAAAACGUGGUGUAUCGAACGCAAAUGAAAAUGAGUCACCAGCACAACCACUCAGUGAAUAUGAAAAAAUGCAAAGAGCACGUAAUGAAUAUAUGGACAGACAUUUAAAUAGUUUGAACCAAAUUUUAUCUUGUGAUACAAAAGAACAGUUUUUAUUAGCUUAUGAACAAGUCAAAUCCACUUGGUCAAAUUCAUUUCGAACUUAUUUUCAACGAAAUCAUUUAAUACAUGUGGAUGAGUUAGGAAAGUGGCAUGCUCGUACGUUUGGCCUCUGGGACGAAAUGAACUGCUCACCACCUACUGCAAAUCCAGCUGAAAGUAUGAAUGCCACAGUGAAGAAAUGGCUUUAA